UGUUCAGUCGGUUCAGUUUCGCUUCUCUUUCGCCGUUAUGGGGAGGCCGCGUAUAAUCCGGACUGCCGAAGAGCAACGCGCUUACGAAGAGCGACGGCGGGAACAGCAACGAGAAUGUCAGCGGCGGCGGCGGGCUGCAAACACCACCGAUGAAGAUCGUGCCCGAAACGCCGAGCGCCUGCGGCAAAUGAGACAAGACGACGAACGUCGCGGGGCAGAGAACGCGUCAAAAAGACGCAGGUACCAUGCUGCCAAAUUGGACAGCUUUAACGGAGCAUCCGCUAAAUUCAAAAGGGACUUUCUGGACAGACAGUAUGUGUGUAGUUGUAGGGUGUGUGGUCGGCUGUGGUUCGAGAACGACUUGACCAAGAUCGCCGAUGUGCGGGAUCCUGCAGAGAGGACUCGUGUGCUGCAAGUGUUGUCGGACUCCUUGCCGGACGCCGGGGACGUCGAAAACUUCCAAGUGUGCGGGACGUGUAAAGACUCUCUGCUCAAAGGUGUGCAGAAUGACUCUGAAGUCCAAGAGAGCGAAACCAUACUGCCAGAUGAUGGACUGGAACCACCGGAUUAUGUUGAACAGGACGAAAAGCCUGGCAGCCAUCUUUCGUCCACGGAGUCUGAGUCUGAACGCUACAGAGAAGAUUGGAAACCUGACAGCCAAGUGUCUGCUUUUACGAAAGAGCCGCAGGUUUCCGAAGCGUCCCAACUAUACGAUGGCACAACGGUGGCCAUUAAGAUUGGUCUGUUGUCUUAA